CUAAUCUUGAUGGUCGAAAGUGAUAGGGGAAGUCACGCUUGAUAUGAGUAAUCGUUUGAGAUUUUUGUGGACGGGAAGAAAUUUCUUUUCUCGGAAAUUUCUUUUUAUGCCUAUUUAUAUGUGGCUCGCUAUAGAAUUCUAGCGAGACAGACUUGGCACGUGUAUACUUUUCUUUUCUCGUCACAGCCGGAAGAUUUGUAGGUAUAUACUAUGCUUUUGGCAUAUUAUUUUAUUUUAGAGUUUUCGAGUCAAAGAUUCAACAGGUUGUUCUUCGUGCUCAUUUGCUCCAGUUGGGAUUUGCUGGAAAGGUUUUCUGUGGCAAUCUGAUUUCUGUCUGUUUGGUUAUAUCCAUGUCAAUUUACCAAUCUAUCUUGGAGGGUUUCAGUGAGGAUUAAGCUCCUGAAUCAUGGAUAGUCCUUAUGAAGCAUCACACAAUGGUAAUGGUGAAGUAGCCGAUUCUGGCAGUCUCGAGAUUGUUAAAUACACACCAUUUCGACCCUGCAUCAAAUUAUCAUCUCCUUGGUUUGAUUUGAGAGUCUUCUAUGUUAGAGUGAGUAAUUUCAUGGUUGAUGAUUCAACCCCUGAGUCUCUCACUCUUAUCCAUAUACCCCUAAGCCCUGACACUUUUUUGGAGAUUAAUGGUUCUAGAAGUAGUAUUUAUUCCGAUGGUGCAUCUUCAAUCCUAAGAAGAAAUCGCGUGGACAAAAAAUCAGAAGAAGCCACAUAUGUGAGCACUGAUAGUGUCAGGUUAACGGGGAGCGCGAAAUUCGAGGUGUUCCAUAAAGAUGAUCUAAUUCUGUCAGGGGUUUUGGAGAUGUCUAAUGGUAAUGGCUUCAAUGGGGAUAUGAAAGGUAAUGGGAAGCGAUGGACCAUGAAUUGUCACUCGGUGAUAACUGCUGGCUCCGGUUUUUUGAAGGGAAAACAUAUUUCGAGUCAUGAGUUAUCAUUACCAACAAUAGAGGUUUAUGUUGCUGGCUGCUUCUCAGGGAAACCAAUCAUCUUAACUAAGACUCUGCAGCUUAGUUUCCGGAAGAAGCAUAACAGGAUGGGUGCACUUGAUGUGAUCCCAGAGCAUGAGACGACUGAAUCCCAGAAAGAUUUGUCAUCCGAUCAAGAUCUUAAGGUAGCAGAAUAUAGAGACUACAAACCUGAAGCCGAUGAAAACUACAGCAACAUAUACUGGCGGAGGACAGAAUUCAUGGAGGGUGAAGAUGGUGAACUUUCAUGGUUCCAUGCUGGUGUGAGGGUUGGUGUUGGAAUUGGGCUAGGCAUGUGUCUGGGAAUAGGUAUAGGAGUUGGCUUACUGGUCCGUACUUACCAAACAACCACUCGAAACUUCAAGAGGCGACUUGUAUGAUUCUUGUCAGUUCCCUCUGUCCAUAGGCAGCUGCAGAUUUUGACUGAGUAGUUUUUUUUCGCCUUUUUUUCCCCCUCCUUUCUUUGCAUGUAUUUCCUGUCUGAACUCUGAACUGAUCUCUAAAUGAGUCAUGGUGCUUGUUUAGAAGAAAGGGUAUAUAAGUAAUCGGCUCCCUAAAUGGAUUGGAACGAGAAGAGAGAGCAGUCAGCUCAUAUUGAUGUCGAGUGUUGCACAUUUUGGCUUGUAUUUCCCUGUAAAUAAAACUGGUUUUUAUGAA